AAGCCCGCGCAUGUUCUUUAACAUUCGUGCUCUUAAUAUUGCAACAAUUUGAUAUUAUCAACUAAUUCUUAUAAACAAAACUACAAAACUUUCACUUCCAGUUACCAGCCACAAACAAAUCCUAUUUUACACUACAUUUUCGCUCGCUCGAUACGGUGUGUUUCUGAAAGGAGGGAAAUCAGUGGGAAAAGUGUUCGCUUUUUUUGAAUUAGCAGGUGUUUUGGGAUAGGACAUCGGGUCAGUUCACUCGGGAUUUUACAGUGAGCGGCAGCAAACAGGACAAGAAGAUGACGAGUGUCGGGGAUAUUUUGGAUUAUAAGAAAAAAGAUGAUGAAGAUUAUUAUUCCAUAUUGGGCUGUGAUUCGAAUUCUUCGGUGGAACAAAUAAAUGCUGAGUUUAAAAUACGAGCUCUUCAAUAUCACCCUGAUAAAAAUGCCGGAAAUAAAGAAGCAGAACAAAAGUUUCAAUUACUAAAUGAAGCAAAAGAAGUAUUGACUGAUGCUCAAAAGAGGUUAAAUUAUGAUAAAUGGAAGAACAGUGGUAUAGCCAUCAGCUACAAGCAAUGGUUGGGAAUGAAGGAACACGUACACCAGUCCAUGCACUGGAGUAACCUGAAAACCAAAGAUCGCAUGCUAGAAUCAGGCGGCAAUUCCGGCCCAUCUAGCCUAGGAGCUGUGGGUACUUCACCGGCUCAUCGUAGAGCUUCUGAGGGUGGUGCAAAUCUCCAUUGGGGCGGCCGUGGAGGAGGCUCGGCCUGGGGAGCGGACCCUCCCAGCGAGGUCGUCAGCAAAUUUCGAAACUAUGAGAUUUAAACGAUGGCUCUCGAUACUCCUUAAUUCUCGUUUUCAAAUGAAUGUCACAAAUUGAAGCAACAAUAACAGAUUCAGCAAUUUAUACAAAGUACAAGAAAAAAUCGUUUGUUUCAAUUUAACGGCUUCAAAUUGUGGCAACAAUUGUGAUAGUUUGUUUGUUUUUUAAAGUUGUUUAAUUGUUGUUUAAGUUUUUUUAGAAAGUUUUUUAUUUCGUAACAUAAGUGCUCUGACAAAUUUUAAACCUUCUCUUUUUCUGAGGUCUGUUUGAAAAAUUGUACGAUAUAUAGACAGAAUUUUUAGUAAAUUAUGUAAUGUUUUCAAUUUCAUUUGAAGAUACAAGAUGUCUCAACGUUGAUGCUUGAACAUUUGGUUAAGAGGGUUAUUACAGGCAUAGUCCUAAGGCGGUCCGAUAAGUAUUUAGCCUGUAAAAAACAAAAAUUUUGUAAAAGUGGUGAUUUACUUCCGAAUAUGAUCUCUUUUUAGCUCAAUACACUUGAUCCAGCGAUGCUCCAUCUUAUUUAACCUGUCUGAAAAAAACAUUUUCUCGAGGUCUACAAAGUAGGCUUCCGUGGCAGCGAUGAACUCAUUUAACUUAAAUUUCUGACCGGCAACUGACUUUUUCAAGUUUGGAAACAAAAAGAAGUCACACAGGGCCUAAUCUGGAGGAUACGGUGGAUGGAACAGCAAUUUGUAGCCCAAUUCGACCACUUGGCCAUGGCGACGGCGGAGGUGUGAUUAAAUGACAUGCAGCUAAGUACUUAUCAGACCAUCCACGUAUUGUCGAUUUAUGCCACAGCGGUAAAUCUUAAUAUAUGCAGAAACAAUCUUCCAAAAAUUUGGGAUUUACCUCCAUCUAUUUCAAUCCAUUGUCAGGGUUUCAUUUAAAAAAAAUUAUCUGGUACACCAUGAGAAGUUGUCAUUGUAAGCGUCCAACAUAUUCAACUUGCUCACCAAGUCAAAGAAAUUUUUGAGACAUUUUGUACAUCUUUUUUGUGAUAUUUACUAUUAUUUUUACAGAGCUCACUGGAAUGAAAAUACCACUAUUACUAUCCAAUCUGUUUAGACGUCUUUUAGAUAUAAUAUUUUCUUUUCAAAGCUAAUUUUACUAUUUCUUUUUCUUAACGUAUUUUGUUCAUUGUUCUCUCAAUAUGUAGUGGAAAGCAACUAUUCAGACCUAAACUAUAAACCAAACUAUUUUUAAACAAGAUAAAUCAAAUGACAAAACUGAAGUAUGAAGAAAUACUGAUUAACUUUUGGGUUUGAGAAACAAUCAAAAAUCUGUAUUCUGUGAUUGGAUGUAAUUAUAUAAAUACUUACACAGAAAUAAAAGCAAUACUGAACAGAAAGUUUAAGUUUUUAUAUUUCGUUGUCGAAUUGAGUGUAUAAGAGGAGGGAAGAAGGAGGGAGUUAGAAUUUUAAUAAAUAUAGUGUACACCACCAUUUUAUGUCCAUCAAUUUAAACAUUCAAACAUAUAAUGCUCUAAACCACUACAGUUCUUCUAUUUAAUGUUUUUGUUAAUGUUUUCUAAGAAUGUGUAAAUUAUAAAUAAUAGCAGUAGAGACUACCUAUACCUACCAUGUUUUCAGUGUUACCAUAGUUAUAACUUUAUUAACCACUAGCUGAAAACUAGCUCGUAUAAAUUUCCACAUCAAAUUCCAAAAUAUCGUUUAUAAGAGAGCAGGGUAAAUUUUUCGGCAUUUAAUCAAAACUGAGUCUAUCUAAAUGUAUUUUUUUCAUUUCUACAGGACAACUAAACACUUUAGUGACGUAUUUCUUAAUUCGGUCCAAAAUCAUUUCCAUUUACGUUCUGCAAAAGGAAAUAUGGCUCUUUAUAAGAGGUCAAAGAACGGAGGUAAAGAAAGUACUUAAUCCAACCAAAACACAUAGAAAAUGAUACAUGGAUUGACUAUUUAAAAGAGCCCUAUGCAGAGGAAGAACAAAUGACUCUAGAACAGUGUUUCCCAACCUUUUUUGUGCCAUGUCCCACCUUUGCUUUUCUAAAAUUCUCAUGCCCCCUAUGUAACAAUAAUUUUUAAUAUAAAAAAUUUAAUUGUUCACUAACGAAACUUAAUGAUAGACUUAAUGAUUGACUAGAAAGACAAAGAUUUUAUAUUAGGUUCGAAUUUGGUUAGCUUCAGUAUCAAAUUUCCACAUUUUGCCAUUUUUCUUGUCAAUCCAUCUAUCCAUUUAUCAAUCCAUCAGCAGCACAAGAUGCAAGUUAUCAAUACGGUCUCAAUGUUUCUCAAAGUUGAUUUAGCCAUUUGCACUGAGAAAUUUUAUGUUUUCAGCUUUUCAAUUUCAAGUUGUUUUUCAAUACCUUCACUCAUUUCGUCUAUUCUUCCACUAACAGUAUUUUACUGAAUGACAGAGCUUUUAGAUCUUUGUUAUCUUUUCCAAGAACCAUUUUAAGAAAUAAUGAAAUUGAUGGUUUUAUUAACUUCUCUCCUAACAGUUUUAGCGACGAAUAAAGAAAUCUGAUAACUAGCCCCAAACACACGAUUAUUAGUUGAAAUAUGAGAAGUAAAUAGAAACUUUAAUAUUCUUCACCGAAAUCUAGCAUUGCAUUUAAAUGGCCCGGAAAGAAAGGGUUAAACUCGUGUCGAGUCCAUAUUGGAAUUGCCCCCUUAACAAUCAAAUGGCCCCUCUGUGGGGCGUGGGCCCCACGUUGGGAAACACUGCUCUAGAACCAAAGACACCAGAGAUUACCACACAUGAAGAAGUUAAUAUAAGUACACAGUAAGUUCGAAAACACUUGAAAAGCUGAAAGACAGAAAAGCUGAAGAUAAAGAUGGAAUACCCAACGAAUUACUGGAAUAUUGUGAAGCAGCAAUGACAGAACAAUUAACAACAUUAAUUAACAUAAUUAUGAAACACAAUAAAAUAACUGAAAAAUUGAGAACCAGCGAACUAAUUGUACUUACUAUUCCAAUAAAGAUAUAAAAACAUCCAUAAAACUAAGAGAUAUCAAUCAACUUGUUAAAUACUACCCUAAACAACUAAAAUUUUACAAAAACUAAUGAAUCAGAGGAUAAGUUUAGCAGAUGAACAACAAAGUUUUCGUACUGGAAGAUCGUGUACAGAUGCAAUAUUAUACUGAAUUACUACUAUGUAGAAUGAUAUUACUAGAAUUACACUGUCGAGCUACGGAGACAAUUAUGUAACAAAAUAGAGAAGUUCUGUUGGAGUGAAAGUAAAGAGAAAGAUAUACUCCAACAGAAGUAAGGAAAAAAGAAACUGAACGAAACUAGAUUUAGCUAAUGGGACAAAAAAUGUGUGGCUUCUACGUUGAGAAGCCGAAGUAAGAAAAUACUAAGAAAAAGCUGAAGCAAUAUGUAGGGGGAAAAUGAUAAGAUGUAGAAAUAGAUGGACUGAUUAUAGAAGUAUAGAUAGACAGAGGCAAACUAAAGGGAGUUAGGCUAGCUAGAGAUGCAAGAGAACGACAACUUGACACUCAAGGAUGGAUACGGCCAAUUUUGCAUGCCUGUCGAAGACGGUAGCUCUAAGUAGAUAGGGAUGAAGACUAAGAAAGGAAAAUACUACUAAGAUAAGAAUAAUGUUCUGGAAAUAAAUAAAAGAGAAUAAUUGCUAAAGAAGAACAAAUUAAAUAACACUAACAAAUCAUGGGCGCCAAGAAAAUGAUCUUCCAUCACUCUCCCAGGUAUCUUACUCUGCUGUCAAAUAUUAAAUAUGUAUAGGUAUUAAAGAUAUAAGUAAAUGUAAAUAUAAAGGAAUAUAAGAAUAAAUGAUAUACAAAAUAAGUAAAUAUUUAUUAAAAAUAACUACUAGAUGUUUGACAAACUCUGAGUUAAACAAUGCAUAUACUGUGACUCUAACAUGACAAAAGUUAUCGUUAAACAAGUUAUGUUCAAUCAUUGAAUAACUAACUGCAGGGCACCUGAGUGCCAACAUCCAUAAUGUAGAUAUUUUUUGGAGUAAAUUUUAUGGACCUACUAUAUUUAAAGCUACCAUGGGGUUAAAACGAUUUAAGAUUUGUUCGAUUUGAUGAUAAGGACACGAGGUCUGAACGAAGAAGGAACGACAAAUUAGCAGCAAUACACGAUGUGUGGAAUCAAGUCAACAAAAACUUUCAGAAAUACUAUUUAUCAGGAAACAACAUAACCUUCCAAAUGUUUAUUACUUGUGAAUAAAUAUUUUUUCUAAAAAGUUUUCUUGGAUUUCAUUAUUUUCUGCAAAUCCUUCAGGUAGAUCGCACCCUCGAGGUAGACCGCAUACUGUAGUAGAAUACUUAAUCUAGACAAUUUAAAUUUAACUUUAAUAAAAAAUCAAAAAGGAAUAUUAGAAAUAUAUGGGUAAAUAAUAGUAAUAAUAGUACACUCAAGAACAGUGGUGGGCCCAACGGACCCGAGUUGCCCGGUUACGUAAGUAAAAUGUGUUGCCCGGAUAAGGGUAAAAGAACCUUUGUGAGUAAAUGCAUUCUUCUUCUAGUAAAAUUUGUUUUGUCUUUUGCGAAACUAGCCUUUGUUGUCUUUGGUUUGGUUUCUUCUGGACAUAGAACCUGGCUGGUUCCACGUUUAGAACUAACUGUUAUUUUGAUCUACGUGUAAAGCGUUGAACCUACAAUCUCAAAAAAUCGUUGGUACUUGUUUUAAAACGGCACGAAGAUUGCUGAUUAAAAACUCGAUAUAACAUUUAAAUCAACAUUUUUUUUUAUUCACCAACUUUGGAUAGUUUCUGUUAGGAACUAUUUUUCAAAUCUUUCGACAAUACUGAAAAUGUUUUGCCCUGUCCUCAUAAACUUAGUUGUGAACCUUCUUUUUAUGUAAACCCACCUUUAGCUUUUGUCAUUAUUCAGUGUUUCAGUGUUAAGCCGAAAAACGCGUUAUAUUUGUUGGCCAAAAGAUUAUGCCAAAAUAUAUAUGUAAACACUUUUUCUGACCAAACUUAUUAUAUGUAAAAAUAUUUAAAAGGAUAUAUAAUAUAUAUUUGAGAAAUGCAUGUACUUUUUUAAAUCCUUUACAAAUGUACGAUGUUUAAAAAAUAUAAACAAAAGGUAAAGGAACAGUACUUGAACAGAAUAUGUGAUAGUUGAUAAUGAAUUUACGAAAUUUUCACUAGAAUAUAAAUCUGGUCUGUUUGGCGCCCAGAAUUUUGAAAAUAUCGAGCAUGAUUUAGUGAGCAGAUGCUAAUGAGGCUCAAAUUUGUAAAAAAGACAACAAUAAAGAAUUAUUCGAACCAUAAAUAUUGAUCUUUUACCUUUGAACUCUCGAAAAGAAUGAUGUGACUUUAGGUACCUCAAAAAUUUAAUAUUUCUAGCUUUAUUUCUAUCAAGCACGGAUUAUUUUCCAUAUAUUUCAGUUGAACGCCUUUUUCACAUAAAAAUAAAACCAAAACAAUGUACACAUUGAGAAUAGGCGAUUAAAAGUCAAUUCAGUUAAUAAUAGAAAACAAAAUAAUUCAACGAAGUGAAUUAAAGAAAUGAAAAAAAUGGUCAAUAGCCAUCGAUUAGCUAAGGAAAUAUGUAAAUACAUUUUACCGUUGAACCUCAAUCAACGAUUUUACUUACACCCUUUAGCUAAGAAACGUUUAGAGUGGACAAAAUUUAUCAGUCUUUCAAGUAAACAAAAUAAUAUUUUAUGGCACUUAAAUAUUUAAAAAAGAGAUGAAUUAGUUUUAUUUUUAUGUGAAAAAGACAUUUUUCAUUUCUACUCGUUAAUUUCAGUCCGUGUUUAUUAGCAACAUGAGUGACUGAUAGCUGUAACAUUUCAAAACCUUUUUUCAACUGCUAUAAAAGUAAAUAGUUUAUAUCUAAAUAAAUAUUAUAUACAAAUUUAUCCAGAAUUAAGCCACAUAUGGCUCUUACUCCCUCUAAUGGGAAAAUUUACUUAUCACAGGUAACCUCUGUAUCAAAAGGAUUACGCUCUGAUGAAGCUCUUUCCAUGUUAUGGCCCGCGUACAUCAGUGUAUUUUUGCAUUCCCCGUUGUCUUCUUAUUUGUAUCUCAAGAUCUCUGUACUUAGGGAUCUUCUAGUAGAUAUUUUUGUUAGGUAUCCGCAUCUCAAUUAGUCUAGUUAUUUUGUUAACUAAUAGUAUGAGAUCCGGUCUAUUCUGUUGGUUUUGUUGGUUGGUCUGUGAGCACAGUUCUGCCCCAGUAUAGCACGUAGCAUGUCAUUUUCAAGCAUACUAUCGGGGACGUAUUGGAAAUAAGCCGGUUGGAUACCAGUUUGUUAGUUUGCUAAAUAGUUCUUUAUAAUCAGAACAAACGUCUAGCAGAUCCAGUAAGAUGCUAGAUGGUUUUUUGGACUUUCAUAUCGGCAUUUGUCCUUUUGGACCUGAUGAUCUUUGACCUCGUGGUGGAAGAGAAGCACAUAGAGCUUUCCUAUCCAGCGAAAUUCCUUUGAAAAUAAAAAAGAAAUAAGUUUACAAUCAGACAAUAGGCACUUAGAAUGUGAGAAGUUUCUAUGAGUCCGGUAAGACGCAUAACACCCCACGUAAGAUGAUAAGGCUCAAUAUACCAGUUCUUGGGAUAAGUGAGAUACGCUGCUCGGGGACAGGUAAUCUAUUCUGGAGAAGAAGGCAAUAACCACUGAAAUAGCGUGGUACAACGCAUUUAUCGUGCGUAAAGUCUCUAGUAUGCUGUAUGGCAUGGAAACGGUGGACCCUUACAUAAACACUAAUUAAAUGGUUUUAGAUGGGAUGAAAAAGAGCACAGAAAUGACGACAACAAUAAAUUUCCAAAAUUACAAUACGAGUAUUUUGGCCAUGUAAUGAGACCUCCAGAGAGGUAUAACCUUCUACACCUCAUAGGGCAAGAUCGCCGGAAGAAGAAGCCCAGGUCAAAGAAUAACAUCCUGGCUGCGAAAUCUCUGAGUGUGGUAUCCGCUUAGCUGUUUCGAUCUGUAGUAAACAAAAUUAUUAUUGCCAAUAUGACCGUCAACGUUUGAUAAUCGGACAGGGUACUGACAGAAGAAAAAAAGGUCUUUGACGAUGUAUUUCGAGUAAUUUUUGGUUAGAGGAAUUUGAUCCUCAAGGACGAGUAGGAAACCCUUCGUUUAUUGGACACUUCUUCUCUCCGCAAUCGGGAUUUCGCUCAUGUAGUGGUUUGCCCAUCCAGAUGAGCAUUUUUCUUUCUUAGAAAGGUGGUUUAUGCGCAUUUCUGAUUCCCUGAGUUUAAACGGUGUUGUGUCAUCUAAUGCGCAAAUUACGCAAUGUAAAAUAGAUGACUUAAACUUGCAGAAGAACAUUAUAUCACUAUUUUUAGAUUAUAUAUUUUAUAGGUUAAAAAAGGUUUUGGAAUGCUAGUUUACGUAAGUACUAAGAAAAGAUCGAUUCGAUUUGAUUGUAUCAAGCAGGGUAUGCACAACAUUUCCAUAUCUUUUAACCUGUUAAAUAAAUGUAUUUUGAUAAAUGUUUAAAAUAUAUAGAUAUACAUAGAUAUUAAUAAAUGUUGAUUCAAAUAAAUAUUUACUGUGU